CCUAUGGUUGGUUUAGCUUCCGGUAUGCUAACUAUGACUGCCAAAAAUGACUUAGUUUCAAACGCUAACCAGAGGAGUGUCUAAUGAAUAUUAGUGCUGUGAAUUGAAUAGAGUAUUUACUCAUGUCGGACAGGGGCAGCAACGUGGAGUGGGUCGAAACAACCGUGGAAGUUGUAGAAGCAGAUGAGUCCUUCCUCACUAAGGAAAACACUCCAUCAGUGGCACCGACUGUGGAGCCAGGACAGACAUCAAUCCAAAAGUUGUUGGACACUGUGGGACAAGAAAAUUCAGAGGGUCAAAACGGCUUUUGUUGUGAGGAGUGUCUGACUCUCUUCCAGGACCAGAAUGAUCCUGACAACAUUAAUGGCCCUUCUUUUAUUCUUGAUUUUCCAACAAACGUGGGGGUCCCACAGAGGGCACUCCUUACUUUACCGUAUGGCAUGAUGAUAGGGAGGUCUAGUAUUCCUGGUGCAGGGGUGGGGGUGAUAAAUCAAGGACCAGUAGUGUCUCCAGGAAUGCACUUUGGACCAUAUGAGGGGGAAUUGACAACAAAGGAAAAUGCCAUGGAAAGUGACUUCUCCUGGGAGAUUCACAAAGAAGAAGUCCAAUAUGAAUACAUCGAUGCAACCAAAGAUUCAUUUUCCAACUGGAUGAGGUAUGUCAAUUUAGCUCGUAACAAAGAAGAAACCAACUUGUUGGCUGUUCAGUAUAAAGGCAGCAUCCUUUUUCACUGCUGCCGCACCAUAAAUACUGGAGAUGAGCUCACCGUGUGGCCCAGCAGAAAACUGCUCUCCCACUUUAGCAAAGACUGGAACCAGAAGUGGAGUUUGAAGUUGACUACGAUGGAGAGGAAUAUAUCUGCAACGUCUCCGGUCUUCCUGUGCUCCCACUGCCAGCUCUCGUUCACAACAGAGGCCUUCCUCCAGAGACAUAAAGAAUACUUCCACAUGCAGCCUGAAGCCCCUGAAGAAGCCGGUGAUGAAAAUCUCUCCUCCACUGCAGAUUCGGCUCCCUCCCCAGCACCUGUGGUGGUAUUAUCUGUUGAUUCUAUGAUGUCCAAAACAUGCGAUGAUUGCGGGAAGGUUUUCAAGCAAAUACCUCACCUUAGGAGGCACAAGCUGUCCGUCCACUCAAACAAGCGGCCGUACUGCUGUCCGCAUUGCAGGCGGAGCUUUGGUCAAGCUUCUGGCUUAAUCAGACACCAGCUUGUUCACAGAAAGCAGGCUGCACUUAAAGCUCAGAACCGAAACAGGAGCCCAUGCGAAACAGAGGGCCCGCAACCAAAGGAAGAACUAUUAAAAACUGCAGAACCACCUGAAUCCCCGGAAACGGGAGGAGCCGCCGUCACGCGGGAUCUGGAGGAGUCGGCGGACGGCGUAGAUGCUCCCGUCCACGAGGCGGAAACGUGCUCGCCCAAUUGUUCGGACUGUGGGCGGAGCUUUGCAAACGAGCCGGCCUUCAAAAAGCACAAGGCCACCGUCCACGAGAGGCUGCGUCCGUACGUCUGCGCAGUGUGCCAGAAGUGCUUUGGCCAGCACCACGACCUGAACCGCCACCUCCAGAGCCACCAGAAGGGCGGCGAGCGGCGGGAGAAGGGCGGCCAGGACCCCGAGGAGCCCGUCACCAUGCCCUUCAGCUGCGCCGAGUGCCUGGCGGCGUUCUCCUCGGUGGACGCCCUGCAGCAGCACAUAAACCAGCUUCAUGCCGAAAGCAUCCCGGCGGACAAUCUGCAGGGUGGUCCACCCGCCGCCGCCGCCGGCGAUUCAGUCCACCAGCGGCCGCAGCGUCUCAAAGCGAGGUCCAAAGUUUCCUCGGUGACAAAACUCAUAGCACCGAGACGCAAAUCGGCCGGCCUGGCCCCGGCCGAGAGGAGCCCCGCUGAGCCGGAGAAAUUUAAACGGUUCGGCUGCAAUCACUGCAAACAGACGUACGGCAGCCCAGAGGACCUCAGAGCACACGGGUGCUCCCUACAGCGGCCGAGGUGCGGUCAUUGCGCGGAAACCUUCGAGGACUCCGCUUCCCUGGAAAGGCACGAGCAGCUGGCGCACCCGGGCGCCAAAGCGUGCUCCUGCGAGCGCUGCGGGAAAGACUUCUCCACCUCCGGGAAGCUCAGGCAGCACCAGAAGAGCAACUCCUGCGUGAAGUACCACUGCGCCUCGGAGCUCUUCCCGUGCUCCUUCUGCCAGUUCUCCUUCACCAUGAAGAGCUACCUGGUCAAACACGUCAAAAGGCACCACCCCGUGGAGUUCCUGUCCCGCUGCGAGCAGGACGGCCUGGCUGACCCGCCCGAGGACAAGGAAGGGGCCUACGUGUGCCCGCACUGCGGGAUCAACUGCGCGAACGCCAAGACGUUCAAGUCGCACACGUGCUUCAGGCAGCUGAAGGUGCUGUACCUGUGCACGGACUGCGGGAAGGGCUUCACCAACCACUACGGCCUGAAGCAGCACCAGCGCGUGCACACGGGCGAGAAGCCCUACAGCUGCCCCCACUGCGGCAAGAGCUUCUCCUACGUGGGCCAGCUGAACGUGCACCUGCGCACGCACACCGGCGAGAAGCCCUACCUGUGCACGCACUGCGGCGAGAGCUUCCGGCAGUCGGGAGACCUGAAGAGGCACGAGCGGAAGCACACGGGCGUGAGGCCGCACAGCUGCCCCGAGUGCAGCAAGAGCUUCAGCCGGCCGCAGAGCCUCCGCGCCCACCAGAUGCUGCACCUGGGGCAGAGGAUGUUCAAGUGCAGCCAGUGCGGGAAAAGCUUCUCCCGGAACUACCACCUCAGGAGGCACCAUCAGAAGAUGCACGCGUAGAGCCCUCACCGUUUGUUUUUUUAGGACUUUAGGAAAUUCCCCUAAAGCGCUUUAACUGUCGCCCGUCACUCCAAGUUGAGUGUUUUGUACAUAGUAUUUAACCUCGUUUGAAGUAAAUAUUUCAUAGUAAGGCAGGUAAACACAAUUUAUUCAGUUUUGUUUUUUUUAGUUAAAGAAUCUUAAGAUGUCACCAUUGUCAACAUUCUUAUUUUGUUGCCGCGAAUAAAGGAAAAAGACACCAA